UCGAAUUAUCACUGCGCUUGAAAAUGCCCAAACGGAAGCCGUCAGGAGUCAGUUUCAGUCAACGUGCUCAUUUGAACAAGAACCGCUACGAGGGACGGUCGAGGAGCGGCCCUGCAUUAAUAAAUCAACGAAAAGUCAAUAUUGAUGGAGUGGCAGCCAGAUGAGCAGGGACUGCAGCAGGUCCUCCAGCUGCUUAAGGACUCGCAAUCACCCGACACAGCAACGCAAAGAGCCGUCCAAGAAAAACUUGAACAACUCAACCAGUUCCCUGAUUUCAACAACUAUCUCAUCUUUGUCCUUACAAGACUCAAAAGUGAAGACGAGCCGACUCGCUCUCUCAGCGGUCUGAUUCUGAAGAACAAUGUUAAGGCCCAUUACCAGAACUUCCCGCCAACUGUUGCUGAAUUCAUCAAGCGGGAAUGCGUCAACAAUAUUGGCGACCCCUCGCCCCUCAUCCGCGCCACCAUCGGCAUCUUGAUUACAACAAUUUCCUCCAAGGGAGAGCUGCAGUCGUGGCCUGAGCUCCUGCCCCAGCUCUGCAAUCUGCUCAACUCGGAGGACUACAAUACAUGCGAGGGCUCGUUCGGAGCACUGCAGAAGAUCUGCGAGGACUCGUCGGAGCUGCUGGACAGCGACGCUUUGAACAGACCGCUCAACAUCAUGAUACCCAAAUUCCUUCAGUUCUUCAAGCACUGCAACUCCAAAAUUAGGUCCCACGCCAUAGCUUGUGUCAACCAGUUCAUCAUUGGCAGAGCACAGGCCCUCAUGAACAACAUUGACACAUUCAUCGAGAGCCUCUUUGCGCUGGCAGCGGACGAGGACUCCGAAGUCAGAAAGAACGUUUGCCGAGCUCUGGUCAUGCUUCUGGAGGUCCGCAUCGAUCGGCUCAUCCCCCAAAUGCACAGCAUCAUCCAGUACAUGCUGCAGCGCACACAAGACCCGGAUGAGAACGUCGCUCUGGAAGCCUGCGAGUUUUGGUUGACUCUUGCUGAGCAGCCCAUCUGCAAGGAGAUGCUGUCAGGACACCUGGUGCAACUAACGCCGAUCUUGGUGAAUGGGAUGAAGUAUUCCGAGAUAGAUAUCAUACUGUUGAAGGGAGACGUGGAGGAAGACGAGGCCGUACCAGACAGCGAUCAGGACAUCAAGCCACGUUUCCACAAGUCGCGGACGGUCACCUUGCAGCACGAAGGUUUAGAGGGCGGCGACAGCGAGGACAUCGAAGACGACGACGACGACGAUGACGACGACACGCUGUCUGACUGGAAUCUGCGAAAGUGUUCGGCGGCAGCGUUGGACGUGCUUGCCAACGUGUUUCGAGAUGAGCUACUGCCCCACCUGCUGCCGCUCCUGAAGGGUUUGCUCUUCCAUCCCGACUGGGUCGUCAAGGAAUCCGGCAUCCUCGUAUUGGGCGCCAUCGCCGAAGGCUGCAUGCAAGGCAUGGUACCUUACCUGCCCGAGCUCAUCCCGCACCUUAUCCUGUGUCUGAGUGACAAGAAGGCCCUGGUGCGCUCCAUCGCCUGCUGGACCCUCAGUCGUUACGCGCAUUGGGUGGUCUCCCAGCCCCCCGACUCCUACCUCAAGCCCCUCAUGACGGAGCUUCUUAAGUGCAUCCUGGACUCCAACAAGAGGGUCCAAGAAGCCGCCUGCAGCGCGUUUGCCACCUUAGAAGAGGAGGCAUGCACAGAGCUUGUCCCAUAUUUAAGCUUCAUCUUGGACACGCUGGUCUUUGCAUUUGGAAAGUACCAGCACAAGAAUCUCCUCAUCCUCUACGAUGCCAUUGGAACACUUGCAGACUCGGUGGGCCACCACCUUAAUCAGCCCGAGUAUAUUCAAAAGCUGAUGCCCCCUCUCAUCGCAAAGUGGAAUGAGCUCAAGGAUGAGGACAAGGAUCUUUUCCCUCUUUUGGAGUGUUUGUCUUCAGUCGCCACGGCACUUCAGAGUGGCUUCCUGCCGUACUGCGAACCUGUUUACCAGCGGUGCGUCACACUUGUCCAGAAGACUUUAGCUCAGGCUAUGAUGUACAACCAGCACCCUGACCAGUAUGAGGCCCCUGAUAAGGAUUUCAUGAUCGUGGCCCUGGAUCUGCUCAGUGGCCUGGCUGAAGGUCUGGGAAGUCAUGUGGAGCAACUCGUAGCCCGGUCUAAUAUCAUGACGCUGCUUUUCCAGUGCAUGCAGGAUACGAUGCCAGAAGUGAGGCAAAGCUCCUUUGCUCUCUUGGGAGAUUUGACAAAGGUCUGCUUCCUGCAUGUGAAACCUUGCAUUGCUGAGUUUAUGCCCAUCCUCGGCCUCAAUCUGAACCCAGAGUUUAUUUCGGUGUGUAACAACGCCACCUGGGCCAUUGGGGAAAUUGCCAUGCAAAUGGGUGCAGAAAUGCAGCUUUACGUUGGAGUGGUUUUGCCCCACCUGGUGGAGAUCAUCAAUCGACCCAACACGCCAAAGACCCUGCUGGAAAACACGGCCAUUACAAUAGGCAGACUGGGUUAUGUCUGUCCUCAGGAAGUGGCGCCACAGCUUCAACAUUUCAUUCGGCCAUGGUGCACAUCGCUGAGGAAUAUCAGGGAUAACGAAGAGAAAGAUUCAGCCUUCCGUGGGAUCUGCGUGAUGAUUGGCGUCAACCCGGCCGGUGUUGUGCAGGACUUCAUUUUCUUUUGUGAUGCUGUGGCCUCCUGGGUCAACCCAAAGGAUGACCUGAGGGACAUGUUUUAUAAGAUCCUGCACGGCUUCAAAGACCAGGUGGGUCAAGAUAACUGGCAGCAGUUUUCAGAGCAGUUCCCUCCAUUGUUGAAGGAGCGUCUGUCGGCAUGCUACGGCGUCUAACAAGUCCACACUGGAUGCUGACCCGUUCGGUGAACAUGGGGAGGGGUUACCAGGGGACUCAUUGCACUGCCCAGCGUAGCAGGGAGGGACGAUGUGGAGGGACGUGACGGGCCUUCACGUGGCAGAGGGUCCCCUCCCCACCUUUCCCUGUGCCCUGUGUCUCUGUAAGGGAGGGAGGGUGGGCGGUCGGGCGGGAGGGAGGGCUGGGUAAAUUUAGGGAUGUACGUAUACCUCUUGGAUUUCACGCCUCGCUAAAUCCAACACGCUCAAAAGUGACAUUCACCAAUAGCACCACAGGGAUUCAAGUUAGUUGGUGGUAAAAGGGGAGGCCCCCUCGCCUCCAUUUGAUUCAGUCUCAAUAGUGUUGAGGGGCGGGGCUCGUCUUCUCGGUACAUUCAAAUCAGCAUCGGGUGUCGUAGUCCCACAUCUCCCAAUGAAUGCACAGUGCAUUCAUGUGUGUGUUAAAAGUAAGGGGCGGCACCUCUGGGCUUAGCCAGAGGCUAAAGAAAACACGCUUUUCUCAUGUAAUAAAUGCAGGAAAUGUGCAUCAAUAGUUGCACCUUUUUACAGGAAGUAAUGCAGAAACCCUUUGGUGUGCAGGGCCUUUUCCUCUCGUCAUCUGUACAUGUAUGAUCCGAUUGCAUGUUGAAUGAAUGACUUGUGUAGUCAUAAUAAGGAGGCCCCUGAUGUAUAGCAAUGAAGAUGCUUGUUUUGUUUCCCCCCCUCUCCCACAUUUGUCAUCUUAAUGUUCAAAUGGGGUUCCGUGAAUUAUUCAAAGAGCUGAAAUACUGUAGGCAGGUUAAGGAUUCUGCUGCUGCUUCUGUCAAAACGUCAACUUUCAAAACGGACAUAAUGAAAAGAGAAGAUGUAGGUUCUUACUGAUAUAAAUGCACUUUUUUUUUUUUCCUUUUGUAAGAAUUCUAGAAUUUCUUGAGGGGGUUUAUAAACCUGUCAGGAUUGUUAGUCCAUUUUAAGCAAUGAUUAAAAAAAAACAAAGGUUAUACUUGAGGCCUCUUAACAUAGUCAUAAUAAUUUAGCUUCUAAAAUUGAAGAGGCGGGACUACUUCAGUAUUUUUCAUCCCAGUGCAGCUUUGUGUAAAAACAAAUUCCCCCUUCAAUCCAUUUUUUGAAGGCAAAUGGCAGUCAUUACGAAGAUGUCAUGAACCUUGCAUGCGUUCCAAUUUUUCUUUCUAAUGCAGCCCUUUUAGGAGGGACUCUUGCGUAAGAGCUUUGCUGAUGGCAAUAUGAUGCUGAACUAAUGGGGUAAUGUUCCUGCUUUUGCUUCAGCUGGUAAUUGACAGCUAGCUGACAUGUUAUUCCGCCUGUUGACACUGUGUCCGUACGUUCUGGCUGGAAAUACACUGAUCUCAAUCGUUCAACCCGACACUGGAUAGCUGGCUCGGGCCAUCUUUCUCCAGCUUUGUCUUCUAGCCGUUGUCCAUAGUGGACGAUUGUAUUGGCAGAAUGCGUAUGGCUUUUAGCCUGUGGGGUGUUUUGCUUCCAUGUUAUUUUGCACCAGCCCUACCCUAAGGUUAUGUGCCGGGCAUAGUUGGUCGGGGAAGGGGAAAAAAAUGGUGUGGCCACUGCCAUGAAACAUUUGCCUGCCAGUUAAGGAACAUGUAACUAUCACCUUGUGUCCCUGAGUAUUAGCUAGCUUUAUUAAUUUAGUUUAUGACUUCAAUGUUUUCGGCAUGACCUUUUGUAGCACAAUCGCAUUGGCUCAUUUAAAGCUGCUGAAAUACAAUAUGCUCACUAAUGACAAUGCUUGUUCAUUUUCUAGGCAAGAAUUAAGGCAGGAGUUUCUUGCACAUUGUAAUAAGUGAAGAUUUUUUUUAUUUUUGUGCUUGUGGUAUUUUAAUUUAUUUUAUGUUUUUUGUGCGGUCUGUGCACAAAUGUUUUUUUGGACUUCAAAAGUUUUUUUUCUUUUUAUUCUUUUCAUUUAAAGAACUAUUUUAUAGUGGACCAUUUAAUUGCAUCAAAUUUGAUGUUGUGGUUGACAGAGUCUGGGCUGGGCGCAUACCUUAGGGAAGACAUCUGAUUCAUAACUUUGUUUAUCAAGGCUGGCGACUUUCACCUCCCUUUUUGUUUAACUGUGGUGCAGGUGGGAUGUCUGCUGAUGUACUCCUUUUUAAUUUUGUCAAAGGGGGAAAAUAAAAGUUUUCUAUUA